AUGUUACGAGUCAGAAAACGGAUGUUAAUUGCUUUUCAAUUAACCGUUAUUGUUACCAUUAUUGGUGGGCUGUUAGCAUAUCAAAUUUUAAAUAUUGAGGGGCAUAAAUAUAUUUUUAAGAAUCUGCGAUGGCCAAAUGAUGCGAUCUCAUAUGAAUUUUGGUCAGAGGCAUUUCUUCCUAAUGUUUCUAAUCUUCCUAAAAUUCAAUAUAAUUUCCCUGAAAGCGAAUCUACAGACGAAACAUUGUUAAAUGAACUUCGUCGUGAUUCCAUAAAGAAUGGAUUCCUCCAUGCUUGGAACGGAUAUACCAAAUAUGCAUGGGGAUAUGAUAUGUUACAGUCCGUAACGAAUUCUAGCAAAAAUAAUUUUAAUGGCUGGGGAGUGACAAUAAUUGACGCAUUGGAUACGAUGUGGAUUAUGGGCUUAAAAGCAGAAUUUAAUCGAUCAAGAGAUUUCGUUAAAAAUUUGAAUUUUACAAAGACUGUCGAUAAUAUUAAUGUGUUUGAAACCAUAAUCCGAUAUUUAGGUGGAUUACUGAGUGCACAUGAACUUUCUCAGGAUAAGAUAUUUUUAGAGAAAGCAUAUGAACUAGGCAUUGCUUUAUUACCAGCAUUCGAAAGUUUGAGCGGAUUGCCACAUAAUUUAUUACAUCCUAUUAAGUAUGAUGAUUUUAAUCAGUUGGGUGAUUUUAUCCAAAGUCCCAUGAAGAAAAAGAGAGUUCGGUUGGCUGAAAUUGGUAGCAUGCAAUUGGAAUUUAUGAAAUUAUCGCAACUUACAGGAGAUAAUUACAUUAAGUUUGGAGGAGGUGGUGAUAGUUUCUAUGAAUAUCUAAUCAAAGUGUAUAUAUAUGUUGGAGGCGCAUUUGAUCAAUACAGGAGGAUGUAUGUUGAAUCUGUUGAAAGCAUGAAAAAAUACUUAAUUAGAGAAAGCGUAGUGGAAAAUCGUCUAAUCUUAGGCGAAUUAUCUGAUAACAUUUUUUCUGGGGCAUUUGAACAUUUGGGGUGUUUCGUUCCAGGAAUGCUUGGUAUAGGCGCUAAAGUUCUUAACCGUCCUCAAGACCUUGAAAUUGCUAUAAGGCUAGCAGAAACAUGUUAUUGGGCAUAUAUAUCAACUCAUACUAAAAUUGCACCUGAAAUAAUGUGGGUUUUGACUAACGACACACAAUCAAAAACUCAGCAUGAAAUUGAAAAUCUUCCGGUUGAUGUAUAUAAAAUGGACCCUAAAUAUUAUUUGAGACCAGAAACUAUAGAGCGUCUAUUUAUUUUAUAUAGGAUAACAGGCAAUAAAACGUAUCAAGAGAAAGGAUGGGAAAUAUGGCAGUCUAUUGUAAAAUGGUGUGAAACUCCGGCAGGAUAUUCCGGGCUUAAGGAUGUAAAUUCUGCAGAUGGACUAAAAAAUAAUGAAAUGGAAAGCUUCUUUUUUGCAGAAACUUUAAAAUAUUUAUAUUUAUUAUUUAGUCCACCAGAUACUAUUUCAUUAGAUGCAUAUGUAUUUAACACUGAAGCGCACCCACUAUUAAGAAUACUAAAGUCUUAA